AUGGAGGCGCCCGCCAGCGCGCAGACCCCGCAUCCUCACGAGCCCAUCAGCUUCGGCAUCGACCAAAUCCUCAACAGCCCCGAUCAGGACAGCGCACCGGCCCCGCGGGGCCCCGACGGCGCCAGCUACCUAGGAGGACCCCCCGGGGGCCGUCCGGGCGCCGCUUACCCAUCCCUGCCCGCCUCCUUCGCCAGCCUCGGCGCGCCCUUCGAGGACGCGGGAUCUUACAGUGUCAACCUGAGCCUGGCGCCCGCCGGUGUGAUACGGGUGCCGGCGCACAGGCCGCUACCCGGGGCCGUACCGCCGCCUCUGCCCAGCGCGCUGCCCGCCAUGCCCUCCGUGCCCACGGUCUCCAGCCUGGGAGGCCUCAAUUUCCCCUGGAUGGAGAGCAGCCGCCGCUUUGUGAAAGACCGUUUCACAGCGGCGGCCGCGCUCACGCCCUUCACCGUGACCCGGCGCAUCGGCCACCCCUACCAGAACCGGACGCCACCCAAGCGUAAGAAGCCGCGAACCUCCUUUUCCCGGGUGCAGAUCUGUGAGCUAGAAAAGCGCUUCCACCGCCAAAAGUACCUGGCCUCGGCCGAGAGGGCGGCGCUCGCCAAGUCCCUCAAAAUGACAGACGCGCAGGUCAAGACCUGGUUCCAAAACCGGAGGACCAAGUGGCGGCGGCAGACGGCGGAGGAGCGGGAGGCGGAGCGGCAGCAGGCGAGCCGGCUCAUGCUGCAGCUGCAACACGACGCCUUCCAGAAGAGCCUUAACGACUCCAUCCAGCCCGACCCGCUCUGUCUGCACAACUCGUCGCUUUUUGCUCUGCAGAAUCUGCAGCCCUGGGAGGAGGAUAGCUCCAAGGUCCCCGCCGUCACCUCGCUGGUGUGA